UGGACCAUGAAACACCGAGGGGCAACAACAAGAGAGCCAGAGCAGGAUAUUGAAAGUUGACCAGUUUCUCUUUGUUCCACAUGGUGAAGCCUGGGGCAGUGUAUCCUGGGCUGGGGGUAGUCUCGCCUGCUGUCCUGUAUCCCCCCGGGAUUGAUUUCCUCCCUUUGGUUUCUCCAGAUCAGCUUUUUAACCUGGCAGGUGGUUCAUAAUGUGACGCUCCCAGCUCUCUCGGUGUGGGAGGGUAAUUGCUAUUAACAGAUAGGAUUACUACAAGAGGGAGGGACUGUUAGCGAGAAGGAGAGAGAGUUUCCUGUCUGCGUGAACUGCCUGAACUCAAACCCUGCAGUAAACUCCGCAAGAUGCGGACGUGUUAAGCUGCCUCCCAAUCUUCUACAGAGACAGAGAGCUGCAUUAUCCUGGCCCCGGCAACAAUACCUUGGUGCUUUUAUCUGACAGCUUAUGUGGAGAUGAAUUUCUUCACCCUCUCCGUCCUGGUGCUAACACUCCAGCCGCCUCUCACUCCAGAAGGGAGUUCUGAGCCGCUUGCUGGAGCCUUGGCCGGAUCAGAGAUAGACAGCGAUCAGGGACUAAGGGAGGUCCACUCAUCCCUACACAGAGAGAAACGUUGUUCCUGCAGCAACAUGCAAGACACAGAGUGUGUUUACUUCUGCCAUGUAGGCAUUGUAUGGGUCAACACACCAGGACAGGUUGUUCCAUACGGGUUGGGGAAUGCCGCGAAACUUCGGAAGCGGGAACUGACUCGAUGUUUCUGCACCAAGGGCAAGGAUGCAGAGUGCAGGACCUUCUGCCAGUCACCAAGCAGAGUGCCACGACACGUUGGAGAUGUGGGUGUUGGAAUUUCCCGGAAAGCAACUGGAAAGAGCAUGAGGAGAGCACGGAGUGAGAAAGGGCAAAGAGCGCCCUUGCAGGAGUGGGAAAGCUAGAGGAGAAAUGAUACAGCGAUUGGAAAGGCCUGGGGGCAGAGGGAGGGGAUGGGGGGAGGGGUUGCAGGGAUAUUUCAAGCCAAAGCAGCAACCCUAGUGACGCGGCUCGGGCAGGAGAAGCACCCAGCCCUUCCUCAACCUCCUCGCCACACUGCCAGGAUGGACUUCAGUGCUCUGUGGAUGGCAUCUUAGAGAAUGACAUAGCAAUACUAUGUGCCCAGAAUGGACAGGCAUGACAAAGACUCUCUCCUCCAUACUCCUCACGGCCAGAGCAUGACAAUUAGACACGCGCUCUGAACAUCUCCUGCAGAGCAAACCUCAGUACAGCACCCCAAAUCAGGAAGGUGCCUUCAUAGCACAAUGUGAGGACCAUAAAUACCAUGUGGUUCAAUGCUAGCAUACGCCAAGGAUGCAACACCACGUGGUGAGGAAACGAAGCCAUGACAUGCAUCACGCCGAGCCAUCAACCAGAGUCAAAUUUAGUCUGUACACUCUCAUGCAAAUCGCCUUGGGGAACUGCGCUAAGUUACAGGUCAAUUAUGUAAAUUGUGACUUGGCUCUAUAUAUCCUGAGCUUGCUUCUGGCCCAGGGGUUAUGGCUUUCAAAAGAGGUAAAUCUUUACUCAAGUCUUUUUAACUGGGUUAUAAAUAUGAAACUGUAUGUGUUUUUUGUCAGCACAGUCUGGAUGUAAUGUAGUGUCACUGUUUGAAUCCCAACAUUCAUAUUAUAAUUGACCUCUGUUGUACUUUUGUGCAAUUUCAGUGCACAGACACCCCAAAGGUCAUGAAGCAGGAUUCUUUAUUCCACUGGCAUUGGGUCUUUGCAAACAUGAAGGGGAAGUAAGGUUAACAAAGUAUUUGCAUGGAAUUAAGCCUGUUGUUCACAUCUGGCUGAGCAAAUCCUUUGACUGUCUCUCCCUCUCUCCAUCAAGUCUCAUUCCCCCAAUGGCACCAUUCCCUCAACAGAGGGUCUGCUUCAUGGCUUGAGAUUCCCUCACUAUCGCCACCUGCUGUUGGGGAUCUGUGACCCAGCAUAAAGAAAGGAGUUGCCAUUCUCAUCAAUCCAUCCUUACAGUUGGAAUCCCAGUCUUGUUGCUUAUUUCCAAAAAGAUAGUAUCUUGCCCUCCAAUUAGGUUGUAGAGAAGGGGUCAUUUUUAGUUUUUUUCCAAUAGUUUUGCUUUUCCCCCAUACAUAUACAUGCACAUGAACUGACAGACAUACACAUGCACGGAGACUCAAACACGCAAAUGCACGCAACACCCACACACACAGGCAUGCAAAUAGACACACACAUGCAAUGCACAAACAGACACACACGCACACAGAACAGCAUGCAUACCGGAUAGAACACACAGAUGCAUAUACACAGACACACACAAGCAUGCAGAUACGCAGACCCACAUGCACACAGAUACACAGACACACACGCAC